AUGAAGAAUGCUAAUGAGAGCAAAUCCUAUACUAUAGUGAUUAAAUUAGGUUCUUCAUCGCUAGUAGAUGAAAAAACUAAAGAACCUAAGCUAGCUAUCAUGUCGCUCAUUGUCGAGACUGUGGUCAAAUUGAGAAGAAUGGGACACAAGGUCAUUAUUGUGUCCAGUGGUGGUAUCGCGGUUGGUUUGAGGACCAUGCGUUUGGAUAAGAGACCAAAACAUUUGGCAGAAGUUCAGGCCAUCGCAGCUAUUGGGCAGGGUAGAUUGAUUGGGAGAUGGGAUCUUUUAUUUUCCCAAUUUGAUCAACGUAUUGCCCAAAUUUUAUUGACUAGAAACGAUAUUUUGGACUGGACGCAAUAUAAGAACGCUCAAAACACAAUCAAUGAAUUGUUGAACAUGGGUGUUGUUCCUAUUGUGAACGAGAACGACACGUUAUCCGUUAGAGAAAUCAAGUUUGGUGACAAUGACACUUUAUCAGCAAUUACUUCUGCUUUGAUCCGUGCAGAUUAUCUUUUUUUACUGACAGAUGUUGAUUGUUUAUAUACUGAUAAUCCAAGAACAAAUCCAGACGCUAUGCCUAUCUUGGUUGUCCCAGAUCUCUCCAAGGGUUUGCCAGGCGUCAAUACUACUGGUGGUUCAGGCUCGGACGUUGGGACAGGCGGUAUGGAAACUAAAUUGGUUGCUGCAGACUUGGCAACCAAUGCCGGUGUUCAUACCUUGAUCAUGAAAAGCGAUACCCCUGCAAAUAUAGGGAAAAUUGUCGAGUACAUGCAAACUCUAGGACUCGAUGAUGAAAAUAAAAUUAGAAAAGCAUACGAUGGUGACCUAACGCAACUGCAGAAAAGAGAAUUAGAGAAGUUAAAGGCCCUAAACGUUCCGCUACAUACAAAAUUCAUUGCUAACGACAAUAAACACCAUCUGAAGAAUAGAGAGUUUUGGAUUUUACAUGGCCUUGUCUCUAAAGGCGCUAUUGUUAUAGACCAAGGCGCAUACGCAGCCCUAACAAGGAAAAAUAAGGCGGGAUUGUUGCCAGCAGGUGUUAUUGAUGUUCAGGGUACUUUCCAUGAGUUAGAAUGUGUUGAUAUAAAAGUUGGGAAAAAGUUACCAGAUGGCACAUUAGAUCCAAAUCUUCCUUUGCAAACUGUAGGGAAGGCAAGAUGUAAUUAUACGAGUACCGAAUUAAGCAAGAUCAAAGGUUUGCACAGUGACCAAAUUGAAGAGGAGUUGGGCUAUAAUGACAGUGAAUAUGUUGCUCAUAGAGAAAAUUUGGCAUUUCCACCUCGUUAA